AGAGUACAAGCGCCUCUUAAUUCGACCGUUAACACACAUCACAACGUUAUCAUUCUCUAUAUAUGUUGUAUUACUAUUUACUCUUAGAGACUAGAGAUUUCAUGGGGAACUGUAUGUGGGCAGGCUUUGGUAGUGAAGACACGCCGGGUAGAAUGUUGAGUGUGAUAAGUAGAGGUAACAAUAUAUACGGCCCAUUUCCAUAUACCCAAUCUCAGCAAGUGGAUGUGCAGUUGGAAAAUGUGGCGCCCUGUAGACUAUCGUCUGGAACGGCUGCAGAUCUUCUUGCCAAGAUUAGUGACAAAGAACCCACUGUAGAAGUUGUUCCUUCCCAGCAGAAGGGCAUCUGGAAAGUGAAGCUGGUUAUCAGUGUGGAGCAGCUCCAUGACAUCCUUUCUCACCAGUCCAACACAGAGGCGUUGAUUGAGAGAAUGAGUUUGACAGCAUCUGCAUCUGCAUCCACACCAUCAACACCAAAUCAACAAAGAACUUCCUUUUCUUUCUCUUCCUACUGGAAGCCUUCUUUGGAGAGCAUAUCAGAGAAUGUCCCUCUUGAAAAUGACGACAACACCACUACUACUUGUGGAUAUGUUGGCGCAUUGAGAAAGUCCAUCAGUUUACAUGGGUAAACUUCUUCGGCAAUUGCAGGACGGUGUUCAGGAAGUUUUAGUACAGAACCGAGAACCCUAAGAGGUUCAGUAUACAACCAGUACGUUUCACAGUUGUUUCUGAAUCUGAAUAGAAUUCAUCAAUGAAGCCUAAGUUUCUUAGGUGGUCCCUGCAAAAUGAUCCUCCACUGUCUUUAUCUUGUUGUAGUAACGUUUUCAGUAACCAUGAGUGUCUCUAUUUUUUUGGCUACUGCUGUACAGGGUCUCUGCAAGAGAAUUUCUUAUUUUAAUUGGUACCCUUUAAGUCUACUAGUUUUGACUGUGUUGCUUAUUUUGACUGGUACCCUUUAAGUCUACUAGUUUUAUUGCCUUAUUUUGAUGAUUGUGCAUACGUGCCAGUCGCUUUUUAUUGUAAACACUAUUUUGAUGACUGUGCAUAUUUACCAGUGAGUUUUAAGAGGUA